AUGUCAUCAAUAACUGAAGAUAUUUUUUCGAAAAUUCACCGUGAGUUUUGGGAACGGCCUUAUACGCAAUGGGGGGACAAGGAGUGGGACCAUUUUUAUUCUAAAAAGUACUUAGAAAAAGAAACAAAACAACGUUCAUAUAAUACUUAUGCGGCUGAAUUAGGGAUCCUAAUAAAUUAUCUAAAACCGGGCAGAGAAAAAGAAAAGGCAUUAGCGUUAAGGCAAAAAUUGACAUCUGAGAAACGAUAUACUAGUCAAUUACUCAAAGAAAUUAAAAAUCAACGAAAACAAUCAAAAUCCAACGAAUGGACAGAUGAGGAGCCAUUUGACAGCUUAUUCAGUACUCCAAAAGUUGAGGCUGAAAAAUCUUUGAGUCAAGAAAAAAUUGAAGAUUCCUGGAAUAAAUGUACAUUGAAAAAACAAGUCGAUGAUUACCUCAAAAUUCUUGAUGAAAAGAUGGACAGAAAUACAUUUUUUAUUGACUUUAAUGAACUUUAUACGGCUUUUAUGAUGCAACCAUCUAACGAAUACCAGCAUCAAAACAAUUACGAAUUGUUUUGGUGCCAAGACUUAUAUAAACGAAUGACUCUUCAAUUCCUCCGUAAUCGUAGUGUUUUAAAAGACAAAACUGCAAGUGAAUUUCGCUACAGAGAUGAGUUAGUUAACCAACUUUUAUCUACAAUCUUUUAUGAUGUAGAAGAUGCAAUUUGGAUUGAUACUGGCGAAAUUGAAAAUAGAACGCGAAAACGGCAACGAAACUUCUCGAAGGCAGAAAAUGAGCGUGAACAAUUAGGAGACAAACAUGAUGGUGUUAUAUAUAUGAAUGUACAUGGUUCAAAAGUUGAAGUCGGAUUCUUUGAAGUAGUUGGUAAUGCAUUAAUUAAUGAUAACAGCUUCAAAAAUGAUGAUUUAAUAAAAUUAUUAAAAGGAUGCGAGUAUCAUUUUUUGAGUAUGCAUUUGAUCAAUAACAUGUACGUUGUUGACGAAUAUAAUGCGUUUAUUUUACCAAAUUCAAGUGUAUGCUUCUCAGAGAUUGGGAAUGCUGUCGAAGUAAUAAAGAAGUUUAAGAAUUUGAUGCCGUAG